UGCUGCAACAGUCACACACUUGGUGAAGGCUGCUACAGAAACAUGGCAUUUAUUCUGACUCAGGACCAAGUUCUGUGCGUCAUUUGCAUGGAUAGUUUCACCGAUCCGGUGUCUAUCCCAUGUGGCCACAACUUCUGCAUGGAUUGUAUUCAGGGUUUCUGGGAUGCGAGCCGCAAAUGUGAAUGUCCACUUUGCAAAAAGGCAUUCCAAACCCGACCAACCCUCAGGGUGAAUGUAGGCUUGAAAGACAUUACAGAACAAUACAAAAGAUCUAUAAAAACAAAACAAGAUUGCAAACCAGAGCCAGCACCAAGGAAAAAUUCCUCCAGACGGUCCUUGAAAUCUGACACUAUAGCUUGCGACAUCUGCAGAGAAAACAAGCUGACAGCAGUGAAGUCAUGCCUGGUCUGCCAAGCAUCUUAUUGUGAAAAGCACCUGGCCCCUCAUCUGAGGGAUCCGGUGAUGAUGAAGCAUAGUCUGACGGAUCCGGCCACCUUUAGCACAAGACACCUCUGCAGAAAACACAACAGGCCGCUGGAGAUGUUCUGCAAAAAGGACCAGACUCCUGUUUGUCGGAGCUGCACUGAGAGAGACCAUAAGCAACAUGAAAUCGUUCCUAUGGAGAAAGAGAGCAGGAGGAUCAAGGCACAUUUGAAGGUGGCUCAAUCUGAGAUUCAACAAAUGAUUCAAAACAGGCUCAAAAGAUGUGAGGAGCUCAAGAACUCUAUAGAGCUGAGCAGGAUUGAUAAAGACAAAGAGAUACAAACUAGUGCUCAUAUUGCCAGCAUGGCAAUAAAGGCCAUUGAGAGAAACCAAGCUCUGCUCAUAGAGGAGAUUGAAGAGAAGCAUGAAGCAGCAAAGAGGAGAGGAGAAGACCUAAUAGAAGAGCUCAACCAGGAGAUCGAUGAACUGCAGAGGAGAUGCAGUGAGCUGCAAUAUCUGAAGGACACCAAGGACCAGCUUCAUCUCCUGCAGAGCUUCCCAUGCCUGACUUCUCCUCCAUCAUCCACAAACUGGUCUGAGGUCAGUGUUGAGCCUGAUAUUUACAUUAGAAGUGUCAGGGCAAGUUUCUCCAAGCUGGUGGACUUGUGCCGGGAAUUGGAAAAUAACCUUUGUGCAGAAGAAAUCAACAAGAUUGGCAAUUAUGCAGUGGAUGUGACUCUGGAUCCUAGAACUGCUGCUAACUGGUUGCUUCUGUCCCCCGAUGGUAAAAAGGUGAGCCUGAGCGGCCAGCAAGGAAUACAGUCGCUCCCUAAGGACCCCCGCAGGUUCGAUUCCUGUGUUGCCGUCCUGGGGCAGCAAAGCUACACAUUUGGGAGGAGAUAUUGGGUGGUUAAGGUAGGAGAUAAAACCGACUGGGAUCUUGGUGUAGCCAAGGAGUCCAUUAACAGGAAGGGCUCCAUUACUGUCCGUCCAGACAACGGUUACUGGGCGAUCUGCAGGAGGAAGGGUGAGAGUCUUCGGGCCUGUGCUGGACCAUCCGUUAUCCUAAAGCUUCAGGAAAUCCCAUCGAAAGUGGGCGUUUACUUGGACUAUGAAGAUGGAUCGGUGUCAUUCUACAAUGCAGAUACAAAGAGUCAUAUCUACACCUACAAAGGGUGUUGUUUUACAGAGCCUGUCUACCCGUACUUUAAUCCCUGCCUUCAUGACAAUGGGAAGAACACAGUGCCACUGAUUAUCUGUCCGGUGGAAACUGGGCUCACUCUAGAGACUGCAGUGCACUAAACUUAAUUCAGUGAAAGAGAUAUAAGGUUUACAGCAUUUUAAAGGUUUUCACAAGCAGUUGGUUAACCUUUGUUAAACUUUUUAUGUUUUUUAUUAGUAACCCAUUGAGUAUGUUGGAAAAACUUAAAGGAAAAUUCUCCCUCUUCAAGUUAGCAAUCCAACAACGAAAAAUGGCCGGUCACGGCCUCAGUGAAAAAUAUUGUUUUUAUUUUUGUACUGAUUAACUCUUAAUUCAUUAAAUCAAUGCAAACUGAUUAGUUUUAGGUGUAAAUAAUGACCCAUUGGUUAUUCCUUGGUGACCGGACUUUUCCUUUAAGAACCAACCGACAGUUUGCAUUUUCAUGACAAUAUUUUAAAAACUGCUGGCAUGCUUCUUGCAGCUUUUCCAAAUGAAGCAAAGCAAGUGUACAUCAAAUACCUUACAUACCCGGAUUUGUCAGUAUGUAUUCUGUCACUUUUAUACCCUUUGUUUAAAAUGUAUAUGUCAAUCUUAGGGACUUUAUUGCUUCUUUAUCUUCCUGGAACCAGCAGCUUCGUGCUCCAGUUUUUAUGCUUGGUUACCAAACAUUGUUGGCAGCAAAGCCAGUAACAGUGGAUAAUCUGGUUUUACAGCUUAUUAAUCCUCGUUCUCUGUCUUUCCAUCAUGUUUUUGUUUUUCUUGCAUUAGAAGCAUAGCUUCACGUAUUUUAAUGUUCAUUUAAUUUUUUUUCUACACACAGCUUUUUUUAUGUUUGUUUUUUAGGAAGCUUGAGUAAUUUAACAUUGGAAAAAUGUAUCACUUUGAAACAAGAGAAUAACUGAUUAAUUUUUAAAUGUUUAGAACGAACUGUAUAAAUAUAGCGUGACAGUGUGGGGUCAUUUACCUAUGCAUCCGACUGAUGCACAUCGGUUAAUUAUGAUUAAUAAAGUCUUUUUUAUAAA